AUGUCUGAAAAUUUAUCAAAUGAAUUGAGUAUCAUAAGUGAUGACAUUGAAUUAGAUUUCCAUAGAGAUCCAAGAGUACAAUGGUUCAAAGAGCGAAUUCUCACAUAUAUUGGAAUGGAGGAUGAUGAGUUGUUCUACAGUAUACUAGAAGAGAGUGGCACUAAGAAGAAGUUAACAAAGUUCAUUACAGCGUCGUUAAUGCCUAAUGACUUGUCCUUAGAUAAGAAAAUAUUUUACAUCAGCAAGAUUAUUGUCGACAAACUGAUACACGAAGACAAGGAAUUUACUGAAUGGAGAAUAGUGCCACCCCCGCCACCUCCGCCAGCGCUGCCGCCGAAAAAGAGAAAAGGCAAAAGGGGGAAACAAGCAGAAGUAGAACCAAUGCAAGAUGAAACAUUUGAAGGAGACGCGCUAGAGAAUAAACGAGCGAAGGCCGCUAGAAGCGGAAAGAGUGCUAAAAGCGUUAAGAGUGCUAAAAGUACGAAGAGUUAUAAAAGUUCUAAAGAUAUGGACGAUGGGGAUGGCGAAGAUCUCACAGAAAUAGAAACAGCGGCUGAAUUAACCGACUACGUAGACACCGAAGACGAAACAAAGACAUCAAUAGACCUUCGGGGCAAAGAUGAAGAGUUUGCUAUGGGCGCUGAAGAAACGUACGCCUUUCCACCACCACCCGAAGACUUAGAUCCAGAAAUUGAUGGAACGGUUGAGUUCUACACUGUCGUGAGAUCCGUUCCACGUAUAAUUAAAUAUCCGAAACUCUUGCCACUCUUCGGUGCCUUCACUCCUCAAGUGGUAAAUCGCAACCGCCGCUACAUCUAUUUCCUGCGGCAGUCGCAAGAGGGCGUGCCGAUGGCAGAAUCGGAUUUCCUGACCAAGCAAAAAAUGCCGGAGUAUAUACUUACAGGAUGCGCUUCGGGUAAAGUCCUGAUGAGUUUGGGGAUGCAACUUAAAGAAAUGUUCGUACCUUUAUUUAGACAUCAAUUCCGUGAGGUCACAGUAAUGAAUAUGGAAUCAUCGCAUGCCAUACUAUCGAAGCAGGUUUCCUACGCUGGUGAUCACUACAAGAUGGAUGAGACAGCAUCUCAGGUCAAUUAUCUUCGACCAUCCGAUUAUCGCAGGAUGUCAAAUAUUGCAAGAGGUGAAAACGCAGAAAGGAGGAUGAAAAGCAUGCGCGAUGGGUCUCAGCCUUUUAAGCAAAAACCUUCCAAUAUUAAUGCUGACGUCAUGGACUCAUUGACAUUGGUAAAACAACAAGAUAUGUAUGAUGCCACUGAUAAACAAAAAUCUACAGCCGAUGAAGUCAUAAGCGACAUUCAAGACCUCGUGGGAAUUGUGGAAUGGACCAUUGAACACAUAGAGGGUGAAAUUCAUAUGCCUAUGCCGAAUAUAUCGAUUCUGGCAGACGAGCAAGCUGAUGUGGAUGUAAAUGAUCCGAAACUUGUGACACAACUAGAAGAAGCUGUCAAUAUGUGGCAAACACACAUUGAUAAUACUAUUACUGCUUGUUUGGUUAAGACCCGCGAAGGCGAUGGUCCAGUCGCUGAAUACAAGUACUGGCGUCAGCGCGAUGCCGAGCUAUCUCUUCUUGUGGAACAACUCAAACAACCAAUCGUUGUGAAGAUACUUAAUUUAUUAGAGAAUACGAACUCGCCAUACUUGGAGAGCUUUAGAAACUUUAAGGAGAGACUUCUAGAACAGUAUUAUUUGGCUGGUGACAACUUAAAGUUCCUGUCAACGCUGUUACGCUUUUUUAACAUUAUAGAAGACGAUUCGCCUCUCCAGCAAGUAAUAGAAAUAAUGCCGGAGCUGAUGGAGAGCAUUUUUAUGGUGUGGGUGCUCUCCAAAGGUUACAGGACAGACGAAACAAUGGUGCCUCUCAUGGCUAGGAUCUCUUGGGCUCUAUGCAAUAAGUUGGAGAGAUUUCUUAAUGUACAUAAAUUGUUUGAUAAAAGUAACGAAGAAGUGCUGUCACUCGCGCGCGCCGGUCAGAAGAUCAUGGAGAUGUGGCACACUUUGUACAAGGAUACGCGACGUAACAUCGAGUUGAGCGGGAAGGGCGCCCGCUGGGAGUUCGAACAGCCGCUUCUCUUCAAUACCACGGACUACAUCGGCACAGUUGCUAGCGAUUUAGCCGAUGUCGUGCAGGUUCUCAUUGACUUCGAGCGAAUAUUCGGUGCGGAACUGAAGUCUAUCAUAAGCGACCCGACGCAAAUUGACGACGUUCGAAAGCGCGUGAAGAAUCUCGUGUACCCGAUACGUACGAUCGACUUCAGCGUGUUCGUGUUUGACAACAAGGAGAACUGGGACGUCAUAAUGAGCGACUUCUGGAAGGAGGUUCGAUAUUUGGAGGAUGAAGCGAAGAAUUACAUCAAUCAGAGCUUCGGAAAUUUAAGAUCUGCUGAAGAAGCUUUAGACGUGCUACUAAAGUUCCUCGAGUUUGAUACGAGAAAAUCGAUUCGCCAAGAACUGUCUACCAAAUUCGAUUUGGUGAUGCGUCAGUUCAUUAAGGAAAUCACUGCCAUUGAAGACAAGUUUACGCGUUUCCGCAAGAACCCGCCAUUGCUCAGGAAUCAUCCGCCUGUGGCUGGCGCGAUAUACUGGGCUCGAGCACUAUUUAACAAGAUGAAGCAGCCGGUAAUGAAGUUUCAAAAGGUACCGGAACUCAAUGAUUGCGAGCAGAAAAAGGAAGCUUUUCAGCUAUACAAAGCCUUCUCAAAAGUUAUAAAGGAAUAUGAGGAUUCAAAGUUUAAAGAAUGGUCGGAAAACUGUUCGAAAUUCGUCGACAACGUGAUGAAGAAAAAUAUUUUACACGUGAAAUUUAAAAAGGACCAAGAAUCGCAGCCGAAAAUGACCGGUCGCGGCCAGCUAUCCAAGAAAAAGGACUCUAACACUUCCUUAAGUCCUACCGACGUCGUCAACAAACAGAUAGCUGACAAAAGGCGUAGAGACAAAGCACUGAUGCUGAUGCGCAUACCGGGCCAGCAUUACGAGAACGUGAGGUCUCCGAGCUCCAUGUCAAUUCUCGCUAAGGAAGGAUUGACGGAUGUAACGUGGCGUGAUUUAACUGUGCACAAGCUAAUUCAAGAGUACGAUCUGGAAUUUCAUCCCAAUUUCGAUCGCAAGAUUUUUUUGAUUUUGCGAGAAUCCGAACUCCUGGAGCAAUUAGGCUUUAACCUUCCCUCAAACAUUCGGGACGUCGCGAUGCAAAAAUCCCGUCUCUAUUAUGAACUAGAAGCACUCGAUGACGUCAUAAGUCGAUACAACACUAGCAGUAAGUCCCUCAAUACGUCUGAAACGCAUCUCAUGAAGGAGCACUUGCUAGAAAUGGAGCGGCACAUACUCCCCGGCCUGACAAGAAUAACCUGGACUGCGUUGGGAAUCAAAGACUAUAUCAGUGACAUAACGAAAGGUCAAAAUUCUUUGCAAGCAGUGUAUCAACAGUUGAAGAUGGUUGAAAAGGAGAUCCAAGUGUUAAUCGACCAAAUAGAGCUUUUUGACCUGUUUCCUGUUAUAAAGCCACUGGAUUACGUAUGCCCAGAGACUGGUCAACCAGAUGAUACUUGGCUGUACCCCUGUAAGGCAUACUUUGUCGAAGUAGAGAACGAACGCAUGUCUCGUAUUUCGAUAUUAUCUCGCUUGUAUGACCGCAUCGGACCGAUCUUGAUGAAACUAGAGUAUCUCAUUCUUGGCAUUAGUACUGGCAAGUCGAAUGUCAUGGCCGCUUACUACACUUUCUGGGAGAAGAAUAUAUUCAAGUCACUUAUCAAAUUGACUCUCGAAAACAUGGAACAGUUCCAACAAACGUUAAGUGAAAAUAAUGCUAUUUUUCAAGUGGAUGCGGUUCUUGUACCACCGGAUAUUGCAAUGCGUCCCACGGCUUCUGAAGUGUCUAACAUUAUGGGAUACGACAUUAAGCAUUUCCUAAACAGACUAACCGCGUUUCCGCGUUGGAUGAAAAACACGUGCGUCCCGUGUCCGCCACAACGCAUUGCGGAGGCCACCGGCAACGAAUUCUAUGUGUUCUCCUUUUUUGAGGACAUCCUCCGUGUGGCUUCCAUAAACGAUAUCACUCUGUUAAUACAGGAUACGAUGUAUAGACUAACGCAAGAUAUUAAUACAUACAUACAGAAGUGGCAAAAAUACCAACACCUAUGGGCUUUCGACAAGCAGCUCUCCUGCGAAAAGUACACACAAAUACACGACCAGAUACACAAGUACGACGAGAAAUUCUUUUUCUUCGAGGACAUAAUAUCGGACCUGACGGGGCACGUUAAGUUCGUGGACAUAGGAGCGAUACGCGUCAACUUGCGCCCAAUCAUACGCCAGAUACAGGACCAUGCGCAAGAGUGGAAGAACAUACUGGGGCAUUGUUUAGCGUCGAAAACUAGGAUGAAUAUGUACGAUCUUAAGAAUCAGAUUGAGUCUCUUCGUAUGACAAUGAACAUGAACAUAAAGGGACUGGAAGACUUCAAAUUAGUAAUGGCCACCAUUACACAAGUGCAAGCAAUGACCAUAACUGCUGAAGUGAAAUACCGGGGUAUGCAAGAAAUCUUCCACAUGCUGAGACAACAUGGCAUUGAAGUAUCAGACGAAGACCUCAAUUUCGCCAAAAACCUAGAGUCAUCGUGGGGAAGCCUGUACCAGUCGUCUUUAUUCCGCGCAAAAACUCUAGAGCAAACAAAGGAAAAAUUUUCAAAGUUGAACGUCGUACAAAUUUCUACGUUCCUAAGGGAGCUGGAUGAGUUCAUAGAAAAGUUCGACCAGGAAGGUCCUGGGACUGUUGGAGAUGAUAUGGAGAAAGGGCUACUAUUGAUGGAGGAAUAUGCUAAAUAUUUCGACGAGCUAGAAUCACGCAAGAAAAACCUACAAGCGGCGGAACAACUGUUUGAUAAUCCGCUGGCCGAUUUCUCUAAUUUCAAUCGAGCUAAAAAUGAUUAUCAAGCGAUGGAAUUGAUUUACAAGAUUUAUAAAGCACAAAGGAACGCUCGGGAAAAUUGGGCUAGGACACUAUGGGUCAAUUUGAAUGCGCAAGCUCUCGUUGAUGGAAUUGAGCAGUUCUUUAAAGAAUAUCGCAAACUAUCGAAAGCAGUCCGCCUGACGCCGAUGGGUUUGAUGCUCGAUCAAAAGAUGAAGCAAUUUAAAAGCGUCGUACCAUUGAUGGUGUCUCUGAAAAAUGAAGCCAUGCGGGAACGUCAUUGGAAAGAGCUGAUGGCUAAAACCGGCCAAGAGUUCGACAUGUCGCCUGAUCGCUUCACGCUGGAGAACAUGUUCGCAAUGGAGCUACACAAACAUCAGGACGUAGCUGAACAAAUUGUCAAUCAUGCCAUUAAGGAGUUGGCGAUAGAACGGGGCGUGAAGGAGCUGCAGGAGACGUGGAGCACGGUGGCGUUCACGGUGUCGCGGCACAGCGCGGGCGGCGAGGAGCGCGGCUUCACGUUGGACCCGUGCGACGAAGUGCUGGCGCGCCUCGACGACGACGCCAUGACGCUGCAGGGCAUGGCCGCCUCGCAGUUUAUUGGACCAUUCUUCUCAGUGGUGCAAACUUGGGAGCGCCGCUUAUCCCUUAUAUCAGAAGUGAUUGAGGAAUGGCUGGCAACGCAGCGCAAGUGGCUCUAUCUAGAAGGCAUUUUUGUUGGUGGGGACAUACGCUCCCAGCUGCCCGACGAGGCGAAGAAGUUUGAUGAUAUUGAUAGGUCAUUCAGAAGGAUAAUGUUAGACACGGCAAAGCGCUUGAAUGUUGUUGACUGCUGUACUAUUAGCGGGAGACUAGAGGAGUUCAUAAAUCUGGGAAUUGGACUGCAAAAAUGUCAAAAGUCUUUGAAUGAUUACUUAGACUCCAAAAGACGGAUUUUCCCAAGAUUUUUCUUCAUAUCGACAGACGAGUUGCUUUCUAUUCUCGGUAGUAGUGAAUGUAGCUGCGUUCAGGAGCAUAUGAUCAAGAUGUUCGAUAACAUACGGGCAUUAGAAUUAUAUGUUGACCACACCAAUCGUCCAGUGGCUACGAAAAUGAUUUCUGCAGAAGGAGAGACAAUGGAAUUCCGAUACGUCGUGUACACGGAAGGCAGAGUCGAGGACUGGAUGAACCUAGUCCUUGCGGAGAUGAGAAAUACUAAUAAAUUUAUCACCAAGAAAGCUAUAUUUUACUACGGUAAAAAUUGGAAUGUUCCCAGAACGGAGUGGAUAAUGGAGUAUCAGGGCAUGGUAUGCUUAGCUGCGAACGGCGUCUGGUGGACGGCUGAGACCGAGGAGACGUUCUUACGGAUACGGAAGGGCAACAAACGUGCCAUGAAGGAACACCUGCAGCAACAGAAUGAACAGUUGGAUGGGCUUGUGGUCAAAGUAAGACAAGAUCUGUCACCGAACGACCGACUAAAGUUCCGUACGAUCACGACGAUUGACGUGCAUGCGCGCGAUAUAAUCGAGGGGUUCGUUCGCGACAACGUGACCGAAGCCGCCGCCUUCCAGUGGGAGAGUCAGCUGCGCUUCUACUGGCUCAAACGUGACGACAAUCUGUGGAUAAAACAAUGCACUGGGCUAUUCGAGUACGGCUACGAAUACAUGGGACUGAAUGGACGUCUCGUAAUCACGCCUUUGACUGAUCGUAUUUAUCUGACAAUCACGCAGGCUCUUACCAUGCAACUGGGCGGAGCGCCAGCAGGGCCCGCGGGGACAGGAAAAACGGAAACGGUUAAAGACCUAGCGAAAGCACUUGGGCUGCUCUGUAUUGUGACGAAUUGCGGUGAAGGUAUGGACUUCCGCGCAGUGGGACAGAUCUUAGCUGGCUUGUGCCAGUGUGGAGCCUGGGGAUGUUUCGACGAAUUCAAUCGCAUUGAUAUUUCUGUGCUCUCUGUCAUAUCAUCGCAGUUGCAGUGUAUUCGUAGUGCUUUGCUCAUGAAGCUAAAAAGAUUCACGUUUGAAGGACAAGAGAUAGCCAUGGACAGCAAAGUGGGCAUCUUUAUAACUAUGAACCCGGGAUACGCGGGACGCACCGAACUGCCGGAGUCGGUUAAGGCAUUGUUCCGUCCCGUGGUUUGCAUCCUGCCUGAUUUGGAGAUGAUUUGUCAGAUUUCGUUGUUUUCCGACGGCUUUCUCACCGCUAAAGUGCUAGCUAAGAAGAUGACGGUGCUAUAUAAAGUGGCGCGCGAGCAGCUGUCGAAGCAGUCGCACUAUGACUGGGGGCUGCGCGCGCUGACGGCGGUGCUGCGCAUGGCGGGCACGCUGCGCCGCGCCUCGCCCGCCCGCCCGGAGAUCGUCGUGCUCAUGCGCGCGCUCAGGGAUAUGAACCACCCGAAAUUCGUGUUCGAAGACGUGCCACUGUUCCUGGGCCUGAUCAAGGACCUAUUCCCUGGCUUAGAGUGCCCACGCGUUGGUUACCCGGAGUUCAAUGCGGCCGUCACUCAGGUGCUGGAGAGGGAUGGAUAUAUCGUUCUACCACAUCAGGUGGAUAAAAUAGUACAGCUGUAUGAGACGAUGAUGACCCGUCACUGUACAAUGCUGGUGGGACCGACGGGCGGAGGAAAAACAGUCAUACUGCAGACUCUAUGUAAAGCACAGACCGAUCUCGGCCUGCCCACCAAACUCACUGUGCUCAAUCCUAAGGCCUGCUCGGUGAUAGAACUGUAUGGUGUCCUUGAUCCGGUCACCCGGGACUGGACGGAUGGUUUAUAUUCAAAAAUAUUUCGCGAAAUGAACAGGCCGUCAGAAAAAGACGAGCGACGGUACUGUUUAUUCGAUGGUGAUGUGGACGCCCUGUGGAUAGAGAACAUGAACUCGGUCAUGGACGACAACAAGCUGCUUACUCUUGCCAACGGGGAGAGGAUACGUCUCGCCCCAUACUGCGCACUGCUGUUCGAAGUUGGGGAUCUUAACUACGCCUCGCCGGCGACCGUGUCCAGGGCCGGCAUGGUCUACGUGGAUCCCAAGAAUUUGGGAUACCAGCCAUAUUGGGACAGAUGGGUGCGUGGGCGCAGUAAUGAAGAGGAGCGCGAGCAGCUGCAGGAUCUGUUCGAGCACUACGUGCCGGGCGCCAUCAACUACAUCGUGCUCGGUCUAUUCGGCCUGCAGCAGCAGACGCCGCUGCGCACCGUCGUGCCGCAGACUUCGCUCAAUCUGGUGGUACAGCUGUGCUACAUGAUCAGCGGUCUGCUGCCCAAUAGAGAAGACAGUAACGAAGAGAUUGAUAGGACAGUCGUCGAAUGCGUGUUCAUGGUGUCCAUGUACAAUAGCCUGGGUGCCGCCAUCGUGGAUAAUGGACGUUUCGAUUUCGAUGCCUAUAUCAAAAAAACCUGUCCGAUGAUGUUGGUGGAAGAUAAUCCUGAAAAGAAGGCCACAACGAAAUACUUUCCAAUGGGCUUCCCGUCUCUCUACGACUAUUGCCUGGAGCUGACGACAAAAACUUGGGAUGCAUGGGAAUGGCUCGUGCCCGAGUAUAUCCACGAUCGCGAUAUGAAGUUUCCCUCUAUAUUGGUGCCUACUGUGGAUACGCUGCGAGUUACUUGGCUUAUUAAGAUCAUGGAAAGUGUAGAACGACCGGUUGUAUUGGUGGGCGAUACAGGAACGUCUAAGACCGCUAUCAUAACAAACUAUCUGCGUGGAUUGCCGGCAGAUAAAUACAUGAUUCAGCAAAUGAAUUUCUCAUCUCGAACAUCAUCGAUGGAUGUGCAAAGAAAUUUGGAGUCUGUGGUAGAAAAACGCACUAAAGAUACGUUUGGCCCGCCGAUCGGCAAAAAGAUGUUGGUUUUUAUAGACGACAUGAAUAUGCCAAUAGUUGACACAUACGGGACUCAACAACCGAUCGCGCUACUGAAGUUACUUUUCGAGAGAAAAGGUUUCUACGACCGCGGGAAGGAUCUCAAUUGGAAGAAUUUAAAAGAUAUUGGCUUUCUUGCCGCAAUGGGGAAAGCCGGUGGUGGCAGGAACGACGUGGACCCACGAUUCAUCUCAAUGUUUUCCGUAUACAAUCUACAAUUCCCAUCCGAGAGUACUCUGCGGCACAUUUACGUGUCCAUACUCAGCGGUCACUUCUCAAUUUUCUCCGAGGGAAUACAAAACAUCGUCGAUAAGAUGGUCCAGAUGACGCUCGAUCUGUAUAAGAUAAUAAUAGUGGAGUUGCCGCCGACGCCGGCGAAGUUCCACUACAUCUUCAACCUGCGGGACCUGUCGCGCGUGGCGGCCGGCCUGUGCCUCGCGCACCCCAAGAUGUUCGCCGACAAGCGCUCCGUGCUGCGCUGCUGGCGCAACGAGUUCACCAGGGUCGUCUGUGACCGCCUCAUCACUACACACGACAACGAGCUAAUGCGUGGACACAUUCAAGAACACCUUGUUAAAUACUUCCCUGAAGAAGAACCAGUUGUGCUUGAAGAGAUUGUGUUGCCUGAAGAAGAGGAAAAACAUCCCGAGGAAGAAGAAGACGAGUUCAUGUUAAGCGAAGAAAAACAAAAAGCACAGGAGGUGACUGACGAAUCUGAGACGCUGAUGGAAGAAGAAGUGGAAGAAGAAGCAGAAAGAGUUGUAACGCUGGAAGAAUACGUGCUUCGAGAUCCAUUACUCUUCGGUGACUACCGCAACGCGCUGGAUGAAGAUGAGGUGCGAUAUUACGAGGACUUGUUGGACUACGAAGCGGUUUACUUUCUGUUCCAAGAGAUCCUGGAGGAGUACAGUGAGCGCGUGGGCCCCAUGUCAGUGGUGCUAUUUGAGGACUGCCUGGAGCAUUUGACGCGCGCGCAUCGUGUGCUGCGCAUGCCGCAAGGGCACCUCCUGCUGGUGGGCGUCGGUGGCUCCGGCAAGAAGUGCAUCUGCCGCCUGGCCGCCUUUGCUGCAGGUAACCAACACCUCAUGCUGGUAGGCGUCGGCGGCUCCGGCAAGAAGUGCAUCUGCCGCCUGGCCGCCUUUGCUGCAGGUAACCAACACCUCAUGCUAGUGGGCGUCAGCGGCUCCGGCAAGAAGUGCAUCUGCCGCCUGGCCGCCUUUGCUGCAGGUAAACACCACCUCAUGCUAGUGGGCGUCGGCGGCUCCGGCAAGAAGUGCAUCUGCCGCCUGGCCGCCUUUGCUGCAGGUAAACAACACCUCAAGCUAGUGAGCGUCGGCGGCUCCGGCAAGAAGUGCAUCUGCCGCCUGGCCGCCUUUGCUGCAGGUAACCAACACCUCAAGCUGGUGAGCGUCGGCGGCUCCGGCAAGAAGUGCAUCUGCUGCCUGGCCGCCUUCGCUGCAGAUAACCAACACCUCAUGCUGGUGAGCGUCAGUGGCUCCGGCAAGAAGUGCAUCUGCCGCCUGGCCGCCUUCGCUGCAGAUAACCAACACCUAAUGCUGGUAGGUGUCAGUGGCUCCGGCAAGAAGUGCAUCUGCCGCCUGGCCGCCUUCGCUGCAGGUAACCAACACCUAUUGCUGGUAGGUGUCGGUGGCUCCGGCAAGAAGUGCAUCUGCCGCCUGGCUGCCUUUGCUGCAGGUAAGCAACACCUCAUGCUAGUGGGCGUCGGCGGCUCCGGCAAGAAGUGCAUCUGCCGCCUGGCUGCCUUUGCUGCAGGUAACCAACACCUCAUGCUAGUGGGCGUCGGCGGCUCCGGCAAGAAGUGCAUCUGCCGCCUGGCCGCCUUUGCUGCAGGUAACCAACACCUCAUGCUAGUGGGCGUCGGCGGCUCCAGCAAGAAGUGCAUCUGCCGCCUGGCUGCCUUUUCUGCAUGUAACCAACACCUCAUGCUGGUGGGCGUGGGCGCUCUGGCAAGAAGCUGCGAAAUGUUUGAGAUCACGAUAACGCGUAACUACAAUGAGAACACUUUCAAAGAAGACAUGAAGCGCCUCUACAAUCAACUCGGAGUCGUGGGGAAACCGACUGUGUUCCUCUUUACAGCAUCACAGAUACUGGAGGAGGGUUUCUUAGAGCUGAUCAACAACAUGUUGAUGAUCGGUAUGAUCCCGGCGUUGUUCGAUGAUGACGAGAAGGAUGCCAUCAUCAACUCACUGCGCAACGAGAGCUACGAUGCGGGCUACGGGAUCGGCAAAGACUCUGUAUGGAAUUACUUCUGUAACAAGUGUGCUGAAAAUUUGCAUAUCGUGCUAUCGAUGUCGCCUAGCGGUGAUAUUCUGAGAAACAGGUGUCGCAGCUUCCCCGGCCUCGUCAAUAAUACAACGAUCGAUUGGCAGUUCCCGUGGCCCAAGCAAGCGCUCUUGGCCGUUGCAAACGUCUUCCUGGCUGAUGUGAAAAAAAUCCCCGAUGAGUUCCGGAGUAUAAUAGUUGAGCACGUGGUACACGUGCACUUGUCUGUGGCGCGUUACUCAGCCGAGUUCCUAGCGAGGCUGCGCCGCAACAACUAUGUCACGCCCAAACACUACAUGGACUUCCUCAACGGUUAUAUCUCGCUUCUCGGUGAGAAGGACGCUUUCAUCGUAGCGCAGUGCGAGCGCUUAAAGGGCGGCCUGGCGAAGAUUGAAGAGGCCAAUGUUCAACUUGAAGACCUUAACGCUAAGCUGGCUGUGCAGAAGGUUAUCGUCGCGGAACAGACUAAAGAGUGCGAGGAUCUUCUUAAGGAAAUAUCGACUGCUACUGACGCAGCGGUAGCCAAACAGCAAGUAGCAGCAGAGAAGAGUCAAGAGAUCACGGAACAGAGCAAAGUGAUAGCAGAAGAGAAGUCGGAAGCGGAGGAGGUGCUGUCUGCGGCCUUACCAGCGCUAGAGGCCGCUAGACUUGCGCUCUCCGACUUAGACAAGAACGACAUUACUGAGAUACGUUCAUUUGCUACGCCACCCGAAGCUGUGCAGGUGGUAUGUGAAUGUGUGGCCAUUAUCCGUGGCGUAAAAGACGUGAGCUGGAAAGGUGCAAAAGGCAUGAUGGCCGAUCCGAACUUCCUUCGCAAUCUGCAAGAAAUGAACUGCGAUCUGAUAACACAGGCGCAAGUAAAGGCCGUCAAGGCGCAUAUGAAGAAAAGCAAGAAACUGGAGACAAUGCAACAGAUUAGUAAAGCCGGGUACGGUCUACUGAAGUUUGUCACUGCCGUGUUAGCGUACUGCGCAGUUUACAGAGAAGUGAAACCAAAAAAAGACAAAGUUGAAGCACUGGAAAAGGAGUACACAGAAGCCGUAAAUUAUUUGGCGUCAUUGAACAGGGAGAUAGAACGUUUGCAGAAAACCUUAGACGGGUUGAACAGUCGUUACGAAACUGCAAUAUUGAGAAGACAAGAGCUGCAAGAGGAAACCGAUUUAAUGAUGAGAAGACUGAUCGCCGCCGAUAAACUGAUGUCUGGACUGUCCAGUGAACAGAAACGUUGGACUGAGGACUUGGAGGCGUUGCAUCUAGAACAGUCUCGAUUGAUUGGGAAUUGUUUGCUUGCUGCGUCGUUUCUGAGUUACGCUGGACCUUUCUCUUUCUCUUUCCGCGAUACGAUGAUUUACGAGGACUGGCUCGGUGAUGUAAAGGAAAGGGGCAUCCCACUCACGGAACCUUUCACUAUUCAGAAGAAUUUGACCAACGAAGUUGAAAUAAGCAGUUGGAACUCCGAGGGUUUGCCACCGGACGAACUUUCCGUACAGAACGGUAUAUUGACCACCAGGGCAUCUCGGUUUCCGCUCUGUAUCGACCCACAGACACAGGCUCUCUCCUGGAUCAAAAAGAAGGAAGCUAAAAACAAUCUCAAGGUUCUCUCUUUCAACGAUCCGCAGUUCGUCAGGCAACUUGAGAUGGCGAUUAAGUAUGGUAUACCCGUGCUAUUUCAAGAUGUCAACGAGUAUAUAGACCCUGUGGUGGAUAAUGUGCUUGAGAAGAAUAUCAAAGUGGAGAGCGGGCGUACAUUCGUCAUGUUGGGCAGCAUGGAAGUGGACUACGACCCGAACUUCCGCCUGUACCUGACCACGAAGCUCGCCAACCCGCAGUUCAACCCGGCCGUAUAUUCCAAGGCCGUCGUCAUCAAUUAUACCGUCACCGUUCAAGGUUUGGAAGACCAACUUCUCAGCGUGGUGGUCCGUGCUGAACGUGCGGACCUAGAAGAACAGCGGGAGAAUCUCAUCAUGGAAACCAGUGCCAACAAAAGUCUACUGUCCGGGCUCGAAGAUUCAUUGUUGAGGGAGCUGGCCACGUCCACCGGCAACAUGCUCGACAACGUGGAGCUUGUCAACACUUUGGAGAACACCAAAUCUAAAGCUGCGGAGGUAAUGGAAAAAUUGGACCUAGCGGCGGCAACGACUAGAGACAUAGAAAAACUCCGGGAUGGCUACCGACCAGUUGCGAAACGCGGUUCUAUUCUGUUCUUCGUUCUGUCCGACAUGGCCGUAGUCAACUCUAUGUAUCAGUACUCACUGUCUUCUUAUCUUGAUGUGUUCUCAUUUUCACUUCGUAAAGCGAUGCCGAACGUGAUACUAGCGAAGCGCUUAAAGAACAUUAUCGACAUGCUGACAAAGAACGUGUAUGACUACGGGUGCACUGGUAUUUUCGAACGUCAUAAGCUACUGUAUUCGUUCCAAAUGAACAUAAAGUUGGAACAAAGUGAAGGUAAUGUUAGUCAGGCGCAACUGGAUUUCUUCAUCAAAGGAAAUGUUUCUUUGGAGAAGGCGUCAAUAGCUUGUCCGGCCUCUUGGAUCUCUGGGCAGAGUUGGCAAGAUAUAACGAAAUUAAGCGUUGAUUUCCCGGAGACGUUCGGCUCGUUGCCCGGUGAUAUCAGCCGUGGACUGGAAGAUUGGCGAGAAUGGUUCGACAGCGACACGCCCGAGUCGAACAAGAUCCCGAACGGGUACAGGGAGCUCGCGAAUCCGUUCGAGUUGCUGAUGCUGCUGCGCUGCUUCCGCGUGGACCGCGUGUACCGCGCACUCAACGACUACAUCACAGUCACCCUGGGUGAGGAGUUCAUCACGCCGCCUGUCAUAAGCUUAGAUAUGAUAUUUGAGCAAACAACGCCUUUCACCCCCGUGGUGUUCAUACUGAGUCCCGGAUCCGACCCCACGGCCGAUUUGAUGAAGUUGGCUGACCGCAGCGGCUUUGGUGGCGGCAAGUUUAAGUAUUUGUCUCUCGGACAGGGCCAAGAAAGUACGGCGUUGUCACUUCUAGAAGGUGCUAUAUCACACGGACAGUGGCUGAUCCUGCAAAAUUGUCACCUUCUCAUCGCGUUCCUGCGUGAAGUAGAGAAGCAAUUGGAGUUGAUGACAAAGCCACAUCCUGAGUAUCGAUUGUGGCUCACGACCGAUCCAACACCAACAUUUCCUAUAGGGAUUCUACAGAGAUCACUUAAAGUGGUAACAGAGCCACCUAACGGCUUAAAGUUGAACUUACGCAACACGUACUUCAAGAUGCGCGCGCAAGUGUUAGAAGAGUGUUCUCAUCCGCAAUUCAAGAAACUCGUUUACGUGCUGGCAUUCUUCCACGCUGUUGUACAAGAACGCCGCAAGUAUGACAAGAUAGGCUGGAACAUUUCAUACGACUUUAGCGAGUCGGACUUCGUGGUAUGCAUGCAGAUUCUGCAGUGCUACUUGGAACGUAGCGCCGACGCCAUACCUUGGGCCACGCUCAAAUAUCUUUUUGGAGAGGUAAUGUACGGUGGUCGAGUUAUAGACGAUUUCGACCGUCGCGUGGUUGGCACCUACAUGGACGAGUACUUGGGCGAGUUCCUGUUUGAUAAGUUCCAGCCAUUCCAUUUCUACAAAGAUGAGAACUUUGAUUACGUUAUACCGCCGGACGGAGAACGAGAAAACUAUAUUGAGUUCAUCGAUACGUUGCCGCUGGCGAACACGCCCGAAGUGUUCGGGCUGCAUCCGAACGCGGAGAUUGGGUACUUCAGCCAGGCCGUGCGCGAAAUGUGGACCCACCUAAUCGACCUGCAGCCGCAGACUAUUAGGAAAUUGGAUUUGAGAUCUAAAGGCGAGGUCGGCGGUGCAAUGAGUCGCGAAGACUUUAUAGAUUCAACUGCGGCGGACGUUUUAGCGAAGCUGCCCCCGCUAUAUGAGAUAUGGCGCGUUCGCAAACAAUUCGAAAUGAACAUCACACCAUCACUCGUCGUGCUGUUACAGGAACUCGAAAGGUUCAAUCGGCUGAUCAAAAAGAUGCGCAGUACGUUGUGGCGGGUGCGCAAGGCGCUGGCGGGCGAGAUCGGGAUGGACGCGGUGCUGGACAACGUGGCGUCCAGCCUGUACAACGGGCAGCUGCCGACCGUGUGGCGCGCGCUGGCGCCCGCCACCUGCAAACCGCUUGCCGCCUGGAUGGACCACUUCACCGAGCGCGCGCGCCAGUACACCGACUGGGCGAGUGUGGAGGAGCCGCUAGUGAUGUGGCUGUCGGGGCUACACGUGCCGGAGUCGUACCUGAUCGCGCACGUGCAGACGGCGUGCCGCGCGAACGCCUGGCCGCUCGACCGCUCCACGCAGUACACGCGCGCCACGCCUUACCGCGCGCCCACAGACAUCGAGCAGCGCCCCUCAGCGGGGUGCUACAUCCGCGGGCUAUAUUUGGAAGGCGCGCGAUGGGAUCACGAAGAGGGUUGCUUGAAGCGUUCACAUCCCAAGGUGCUGGUCACAGAGCUCCCGAUCAUGCACAUUAUACCAAUUGAAGCUCACAAGCUUAAACUGCAGAACACGCUCCGGACGCCCGUAUACACAACGUCGCAGCGACGCAACGCGAUGGGUGUAGGCUUGGUGUUCGAGGCAGACCUCUGGACUACGGAGCAUUGCAGCCACUGGAUUCUGCAGGGCGUGUGUCUCAUAAUGAAUACUGACUGA